CUUAUUGGUCAACUAACCAAUUACGAGCAACGUCUGCAACUACUUGAGGCCGCCCUGCUUUCUCUGAUACCUUCAAGACCUAGUUAUUUAGCUCCGGAAUUAGUUAGCAAUCCAGAUGAAUUUGUGGCUCGAAUGGUUGCCCUACGCGACUCGAGGGAGGAAGGGGAGGAAGGGGAGGAAGGGGAGGAAGGGGAGGAAGUUGAUACUAAACAAGGGGAAGAUGGUGAAGAUUGCAAAGAUCUGGAAGAACAGAGAGAUAGUGAAGACCAAGAAGCGAAUAUGAAGCAUAAAGUAGAGGGACGAAAGAUGGGGAUAGGAGGAAAUGAGGCACAAUUAGGGAACAACCUUGAGUUCCCCUCUAGUACCACCGAAGCUAUAUCCAGGGAUACCAACUAUCGUGGUUCAGUGAUGGAACAUGCUAUUCCUGCCGGCACUCGAGGUCUCAUUUUGAUUUCAAGUGAAGAAAAAAUGACGAAGGUUGGGCGAAUAAGCACUAAAGAAUUAAUGGAUGAAAAGGAGGAUCAUAUUGUGGAAAAGAGUCAGGGGGUGGAAUUAGGAAUCAGGCUUCAGGUGGAUCCAGUAGUUGGCUGGGAAUUCGAUGAUGAUGAUGGCGACGGUAACGAUGAUAUGGAAGAUGGUGAAGAUGAUGGAGAUGCUGCAGACAAUUUUAUUCCAAGUUCGAAUUCUGCACGUUUGGACCUGGAAGACGUUCAGAAUGGCGCCAAUAGUUUGCAAGAAAGUCUGGGAGACGAUUCGUAUGUACAUGCACCAGCUUCCUCUCCAGCUCGGCCUCCGCUAGCUGUUUUGCUACACCCUGUAGUUACAAUUGUUUCCAACGGCCUUCUGCAUCGACUCAACAGCAUUUUUGAGAUUUGGCGAGACGUGCUCUUUGAGGCGAGGCUAGCUCGUGAGCAACUUCAUCUUCGGCUCAACUGCCUCCAACUGGCCGCGGAUUCGGCCUAUCUGCAGAUUUGGAUACAAGACAAGUAG